UUUUAACAGCAGAUACCCGGUCAUUUAUACAACUGCACUGAAGCCAGAUCCCUAAAACCCCUGGUAAGUUCGUAAUCAGAUAUAGAAGAAGUAGAAGAAGUGACACAAGGGUUCCAUGGAGCAAAACGGUAGCGUAAGAGGUAGAAGGCAGCCGAACAUACUGGUGACAGGGACGCCCGGGACGGGCAAGACAACGACGUCGUCUGCUCUGGCAGAGGCCACUCAGCUCCGCCACAUUUGCGUCGGAGAUUUGGUGAGGGAGAAGAACCUGCACGACGGCUGGGACAACGAGUUCGAGUGUUACCUUAUCAACGAAGACCUCGUUUGCGAUGAGCUUGAGGAUUUGAUGGAAGGAGGAGGGAACCUAGUGGACUACCAUGGUUGUGAUUUCUUUCCUGAGCGAUGGUUUGAUCAAGUUGUUGUGCUUCAAACUGACAACUCGGUGUUGUACGAUCGCUUGAGUAGAAGAGGUUACACAGGGUCGAAGCUUUCAAACAAUAUUGAGUGUGAAAUCUUUCAAGUUUUGCUUCAGGAGGCAAAAGAAAGUUAUCCAGAGGACAUUGUUGUGGCAUUGAAGAGCGAUACUAUUGAAGACAUUACCAGAAAUGUUGAGAGUUUAACAGAUUGGGUGAGGAGUUGGCACCCUGCUUCCUAAUCAUUGCAACAUCAAUACAUCAUCAACUCCUCUCCGUCCUCCUGGGUUCCUUUACCAUGUAAUUGUCGUAUUUAAGGGUUUGUGUAGGUUUUUGUGUAACAAUUUUUCUUUCCUAUGGUAAAUGUCUUGGGAGUUUUUAUUUCA